UACACUGCACAAUGACAAUAAAGUUUGAAUCUGAAUCUGAAUCUGAAUGGCUGGUGGUGGGUAAAUUUUGAAUUUGUACACAGCUGGAGAUCUGAUGCAGCCUUCCAGCAGCAUGAGGCAGCUGGUGUUUACACUAGACUGUAUACAAUCCAAUGCUAGCAAUGCCUCAACAGCAUCUUGCAUUUCUGGGCAUCAAGGUUAUUUGUGGUUUUAUUUACUUGGCCGUUGUGUGUGUGGCUUACAGUUGUCCCAUUGCUGUCGACUCUGUUGGUUUUGAGAAAUUAUAAUAACUUUUUUAAUGAUGAGGAUGGGAUGUUGGCUGAAUGGGUCAUGUAGAUAUCCAGGAUCUUUAAGUGUAAAACUUGGUUUGAGAAACAUGCCUUCUGAUACAUCCGCAAUUUUGGUAACAGCUUACAUUCAACCAGGCUGAGGUUAGCUCACUUCCUCCAUAUCUCAUGUCACUUCUGCUCACCGCCCACACAGUACUGUUUCACUGUUUUGCAGCAAACGCUUUUCAGAAAUAAUAUUGCUGCUAAAAUUUGCAAAGGACCUUUGGAGACUCUGCUUGCAGCUCAGCAGUCCCUCUGUACUUCCCCUUCACCAUGUCUGUGAAAAUACAAAAAGCAACCUUGCCGAAGAUUACUCUUCCUGAGGCUGGGAUUAUUAGUAUUUCACUAUGUCAGGAAUAGCAAGCAAAGGUUUGUGCUGCUCUGAUAUUACCUGGUUGCCUUAUAGGGUAAACUCUCUCCCAUGCUGGCUCGUUCUGUACAGGGGAUAGGAGCUGGGAGUGCCAGAUUCAGCAACACAACUUGUUAAGAGACUCAGAAUAAUUCCAGAGAUCGGAACGCCCACGAAGGAGACAUCAAACAUGACUGCUCCAUCUGAGGACAAUAAAGCAGACAUGAAUACUGAGAGAUAACCAAGAAUCAGCAACUCAGAGCUUCUUUCUACAGUCCCAUAGACUUGGCCAGUCGGGUUUAAAUGAUACACCACCCACCUCUACGGUUAUUGUUCAACUGAAGGUUUAUCCCCUUCUCAACCGAGCUCCCCUCGGACAAUUUGUUCUCUUUUAUCUGUCCAACAAGGACUUCAUCAGAACUCUUCAACCAGCCAGCAGGGAUCUUCUAAGGCCUGUAAUUUUUCUCUGCCUGACUCUACAUUAGGUCUCCAAACAUCGCAAUCAAAGAGAAUGGGCAAAGCUCAACUCCAGAAUGUAAAGGAUCCAUCUCUACCACAUCCAUGUCAAACUGGAUCCAGACUAAAACCUACCCAUAAAACCACUGGAGACCACUCUCCUCUCUGUGCACCCGGGUUACAGCCUUUCCCCAAUUCACCUGGACUUCACGUUACCUCUCCAGUCACUCGACCUCAAACUGCUCCUGAAACCACCAGUUCCCAAUCUACCCCUUCAGUUCCCAAGCUGAAACCAACUCUCUGUACUACUGGACUUGAACUACCACUCCAAACCUCAUCAUUCCAACCUCUUUCCCAUACCUUUGGGCUCUAUCCUUUGCCUCAAACCGCCAGGAUCCACCCUGCCUCAAAGUCUCUUGGUCUACAAACUUCUCUUCAUGACCCCAGUCUCCAAUCUUACCUCCAUCCCUCAAAAUUCGACCAUCUCCCUCUAACCCCAGGGCUCCAAACUCCCUUCUUUACUCUCAGGCUCCAACUUCCCACCCAAACCUUAGAGCUCCAAUGUCCCCCGCAUAUCCCAGAGCUCCAAACUUCCCCCUGUACCCCCAGAUUCCAAUCUUCCCCACAAACUGCUGGACUUCCAACAACCUGUAUCUCUGGGGUCCAACAUCCCUACCAGAGCCCAGAGCUCCAAAUGCCAUCGUUUACGAAAGAGCUCCAUAUAGUCCAGCUUCCAGAGAAUGUUCAGCAAAACAAAGCAAAUGGGCAGAGAAAAUUUGUGUGCAAUGAAUGUGGGAGGGACUGUGCAAAGCGCAGUGCUCUUGAGAAGCAUAUCCGGUCUCACACUGGAGAGCGUCCCUUUCCAUGUAUAACCUGCGGGAUUUCUUUCAAAACGCAGAGUAACCUGUAUAAACAUAAUAGGACACAAAGUCAUUUGCACAACUGCCAGCUUUCUGCUGAAUUGGUGAGAAGCAACAGGCUAGAGUUGAGUCAGGUGAAGGACAAUUUUCCUUGUGAAAAUACAGAUCAGGAAACAAAAGGAAAUUGUCACAUUGACCUGCUUGUGGCUAACUCCAGCAGUGUUGGUCAUACAAAGAAGCAAGAUUUCACAAAUAUUGUGCAACGGGAUACGUGUUGGAGGAGGGUCCAUGCUACUGACAAAAGGGAGGAUGGCUCACUGGAUGGAGAGAAACAGGGCAAUGUCCAGCAGCAACUUGGCCAAAUGGGAAACAGGCAUUUGGUUCUACAGAGACAGCAGGCCACUUAUUUUGCCAAACAGUGGGUACACAAGUCUUCGAAUUCCAGUGUACAAACCAAUGAAAGCACAGACUCAGGGUACUUUUCCCAUUCAGACAGUCCUGACCAGCCACAACAGAGUCUACAACACCAGAGCACUGACACAGAGUCAGAGAGGUGCUCUCAGUCCAGUCAGCAGUGGUCAAGUGUCGGGCAAAGUGUACUGGAGUCAGCCGUGGAUGACAAAGCCCUGCAAGGCAUGCACCAUCCUCCACGUGGUAUACAAGAGCUGGAGGAGAGGAUCUCAAAGCUCAUCUCUGACAACAAGGCCGUGGUUGACGACAAACAUUUGGAAACUGUGCGGCCAAGAAAGACACUUAAUUCAAAGCAAGGGAGCAUUGAUUUACCAAUGCCAUACACGUUUAAGGACUCCUUUCACUUUGACAUGAAACCUGUUCAAGUCAACAAGAAAUCAAGAGUUCCCUCCAGUUUACCAGCAUUCACUUACCAACUAACACACAAGUUCCCCUCCUUGCCGGAUCAGGUUUCCUCUACUGUUGCUUGUUUGCCCAUUAUAAGGAGCAACUCUGCGCCAGUUAGUAAGAGAUGUCUGAUAAGUAAUGAAACCGGCAAUAGUUCAAGCUCUCACCAUCAAGUGAUACAAAGGAAAUCCACCACCAUGUCGCUUGUCACAGACUUGCAAUCACACUCAUUGGACUUCCAUCCCCAACAGCAUCGAACCCUGGUCAGGCAAACCGCUCUUGAGAGUUUGCCAGCAGGUGGUCUCACCACAGAAGGGCCCAACCCCAUUGUUAAAAAUAAGAUGUGUAAUUCCAAGGUUGAACAAGUUUCAAAGCACAAGUGCAGGUCUUUAGUUAAGAACAAUGACCAGAAAAAGCUGAAGAGGUUUUCACAUGAGAAGUGGUUGAUAUAUGGAGAGGAAACCUUCCGAAAAAAAUACCAGGAGCCAAAGGGAGCUACCCACUCUGCUGAGCCACCCGCCUCACACACAAAGCGCCCUCACAAUGUCAAAAUGCCAGACAAAGGCAUUUCAGUACUCUCUGAGAAUCCACACAUCAACCCCCUGGCAUCAUCUUCUGCACAAAAAGUUCCCGUUCCAAAACACCUUUCAGAUGCACUUCCCUUAGCGUCAGUGAAGGUCACAACUUUCAACACCCCAAUGUGCCAGGUACAAUUUUCACAAAAAAAUGUGGACCAACAUUCACCACAACAUGAAUAUCCAGUUCCCUACCAUAAUGCUAAAGAGACAAAGGCUCCACUAAUCCCAGACCGUUCAUGGGAAGUACCUGCAAUUAAAUCAGCAGAGAAGCCCAAUAGAGGUGAAGGAACGGGCAAGAUAACUGCAUCACACAAUGCUCAAGAAACUGUUGGGGACAUGGGGAAGGAACUUACUCUCCAUCAACGAUCACCUACAGUGAGUGGCCAAACAUGGAAUGAUGCUACAAGACCAAUGCAAACGCAUUUAACACAUCCAAAGUUGGUGAGGCAGCUCAGCAUUCUUGUUCCAGAAGGCAAACAAGAAGGAAGAAGUCAAGAAGAGCAUAAGCUUCAUGAAUUUAGGUUGCAGAAAGGUGAAGAUGGUAAGUUAGAGUUUCCGUCAGGAAUACCACCCAGGAAGAAGCAACGGCUGAAAGUAGCUGGCACUGGACAGUCAGCAAAGACGCUACAAACUGGUUGUGGUUUGCCAGUUGGGGCUGUUCUAUGUGAGUCACCUCAGUCAAACUGUGACUUCAUCCCAGACACCACCCAUGAGUCAUAUCAAGUAAUCAAGUGCAUGAAGUGGAAGGAGGAAGGAAACUCUGUUGAACAGCCUUUGACAUCAACAGUGUUCAGUAGUUUUACUGCCGCUGGCUCCUCUCCUUAUGACUGUUCUAGUUCUUUGCCAGAGCAAGAGGCAACACUUUCUAUAUUCCCCUCCCUUCAUUUACAGUCAUUUUCAGUGGGCAAAAGUAAAAAGAAAGAAGCAAUUAGUCAAGGGGGGUUUCCAACACUAUUGCAAACAGCUGGAAAUCAUAUAAACAAUGUUGGCAAAAACUUACAUGUGGGAGUAAGCAUGGACCAAUGGGAAGCUAUUGCAUCUCCCCAAGCUGUGGCUCACCCCUUGCUGAAGCAAGAUUUUCUUCCAAAAUAUCAACUCAAAUGGACAAAGAAAGAACCGACUUCACCAAGCCACUCACCGUCAUGACUAGGGAAUAUGUUGGCAGUCCUCAUUCCUGGAACUCGCUCCCUAACAGCACUGUGGAAUUGCCUUCAUUGGAAGGACUACAGCAGUUUAAGAAGUCAACUCACCAGUACACUAGGCAAUUAGGGAAGGCAAUGAAUGCUGGCCCUGCUAGUGAUGCCAGAUCUCAACAAUGAAUAAAUGAAAAAUAAUUGUUCUUCAUUGACUGCACAUGCUGCAGUCGAUGAAGGGGCAACCAACUUCCUAAAGCCCAGUGUUCAAGAUGUCCAGAAUGAUUAGCAACAUCAAAACCAGUAACAGUAUUGUUUGUUUCUCACAUAUCAAUCAAUAGGACGUGGUGAACUGAAGACUGUAGAAUACUUCAAUGUUAGUUACCAUUAGGCAAUCAAGCAACAACAAUUUCCAACAAAUAGUCAACCUCGGCAGCCUUUUGGAACCUAAUCUGUAUACAAUCUUGACAUCAGAGUGGCAGAUUGGCUCCAGUUUGUAAUAUUAUUAAUUCAAUGGUGCGGAAAUGCCAACAAGGUGAUGGAGUCUGAGUAUGAGCAGAGAGUCCAAGCUCCUGUAGUGUUAUCUAGUAUAGACUAUGCUCCUAUAUUCUUUGGAGAAAGGCGAGAUCACUGCAAUCCAGAAUCUAAUACAUACACGACAAAACAUCUGACCUAUCACACCUGACACUGAGGGUUCUUUUGCUAUAUAGAGAUUACAACAGAAGAGCUGUGGAACUUGUGCUCAAUCAGUGAGUAUACCUAUGAACUAUUCCUUGUACAUUUGUGUUGCUAAACUUCCCUCCUUUUUGUCAGUCCCAAGCACCAAUUAAAAUGUGCAUGCUGCUGAUGCCUCUCAAGAUUCCAUGUGCUGACGGUCCCUAAUUUUGCUCUGUUUCCCGGUUACUAUGAAUGGCAGAGAGAGAAUGAGAUGGCUCACACAGUCAAUUGACAGCACUGGGCACUGCAAGGAUCCAAGAGCAUUGAAGUACAUGUUCAACUUGUAUGUGUACUUCCAACAAAGCAAUGUGUCAAUUAGUGAAGAUAACAGUUCCAUUGCUAGUUUAGUGGAAAUAGAGUCAAGGGCACAGAACAUGGAUCUCAUUAAAUAAAUGGGUUCUAGAGGGCACAAGAGAUGAUCGGAGAGGAGUGGGAAAGAUGUGAACAUGGUCUGGGGGCCUCACAAGUUUAGCCAAAUGAAUGAGUGAACAGAAUGAAAGUGGCAUGAAAUACACACCAAAUUAUUUCAAUCUGCAAAGAUAUUCAUGAAACGGAUCUUGAUCAUAGAGGUGGGGAGAGAGGUACCAGAACCCAGUGUACAGUAGGAGAAGAAGUACGGCAACUAUGUCAAUCAGAGAAGAUAACAGUUCCAUUGGUAGUGAUCUCCACAUCCUGUGAAUGAAUGAGGAAUGGUGGCGACAGAGCCCAAUGGAACUUUAUAUGGUUAAACCUGAUCUGUCAACAAAUGUCGAACAAAUUCUGCACCAAAUGCCUUCCAUGUUGCAUUAAGGGGACAUAAUGAUGCAGAAAUGAGGAUUGUAUUGUAAGAGUGCAAUUCAUUUAAGGGAACUAAAGGGGUCAAUGGGAGUGUAGUUUAGUGGAUCAAUAAUUGCAGAAUUGUGCAGAUCAGUGAAGGCUGUUCAACAGAGAUUUUGAAUUGGCGAUGUAACUGAGUUUAGUGGGGCCUUUACCUCGAGGUGGCAGCAAAAGGAUGGAUCGUAAGAUGUGAGAGGCAAUUGAUAUAAGGAAGUUCACAGUUGGUCCUGUGACAAUGACAAUGGGAUUAAGGAGGCUACAUGAGAUGGCUAGUGCAAGGAGUUGCCUGUGAAUAUAGACCGGAUUUUUCACCUGGGAAGUCAUGAAGGAAGGAAACGUAGAGGUGAUGGAGAGCAUAAUGAAUUAAGAUGGUUGAAUUCAACGAGCAUGAGACAUUGUUUGGUGCAGAGGCAGGAAAGCAGUGAAGGUUUUGUGGUUACACAGAACUAUGAGUGAAUGCUAAGGAUGGGAGAGCCGAGGAUCAAUGAACUGGACAUUGAUGGGUUUGGUGGUGGAGAGAAUCAACAACAGGAGUGUCCCUGCGUGUACACAUCUCUGAAUAUCUGUCUUGGGCCCAGCACAUGGAUGCAAUCACAAAGAAAACCCAUCAAUACCUCUACUUCCUUAGAAGAUUGAAGUGUUUAUGUAGAUGAAUACUCUCUUCAACCUCUACAGAAGUACGAUGGUGUACACUGACCGGUUGCAUCAUGGCCUGUUUCGUCAACUUGAACGCCUAGAAAUGAAGGAGGUUAGAGAGAGUCUAACGCACCUCUCCAUCUAUCACAGGUACUGAGCUCCCCACCAUCGAAAGAAGGGAUCUAAAUAAGAUAGCUGCAAAAAGGCACAAAUAUCAUCAAAGACCCACAUCAUCCUGUCCACGCUGUCAUUUCACCUGGAACAGGUUAUCUCUGAUUCUCAUUCCAUAGUAUUUCCAGCAUUUCCUAGUUCAUAAACGUGGAAUAUUGCUUUCAAAAAUCUCUGAAUUUGUGACAGAUCCUUCAAAUUAAUCUGUGGGCCAGUAUUGUGGUGUUUCCUGUGGUCCACAUGCCACAAGUGUGCACAAAUUCACUCUGUUCAGAGCAGCAAUUUAUUUUUCCAGCCUUAAGAGGGUGCUAUUGCAAUUCUCUCUCUGUAAUGAACAGCUGGAGUGAAUAAUAAAGAAUGUUUAUUUGUCAUAUACACUGACUGUGAAUUGG